AACGAAAUGACUUUUCCAAUCCCCCAUUCGAUUUGCCUGUGGCAGUAUCAAUCCGUAGCUUGGUGAGUUCACCACUCCCCGGGGCAGAAGAACUCUGCUGCUUGUCGUUCGUUGCUUUAGUUUAGUGUCUCAAAAUCCCACGUCGUUGCCCCCUUUUUUGUAUUGAAGAAAAUUGAUAAGAAAUCCAUUUUAUUGCCCAUUUUUCGCGAUAUAUAUUUUUGUGUGGGAAGUGCGCGCUCUUUUCGGCCUGGGUGUGCCCCAUCGUCAAUCAAUCACUACUCCCUGCAAUUCCUGCCCCAACAAAAGUUCCUGCCACGUGCGCGAUGAAGAUCGAAUGGGCACCACUCAAUGUGCCCUUCCAUCGGCGCAUGGAAACCCUCGCGGCGGCCGCAUGGAUGAUCCUCAUUCUCUUCGGUGAACUCAUCGCGCUCUUCUUCUACCUCUUCCUCCUCAUUCGCGGGAAUAUCUACAUUCAGACCCUCUGUGUGAUUUACUUCAUCUUCCUCUACUACGACCGCGGGGCCGGCGAGAACGGGGGUCGAGGUCAAGGGUCAAAGUGGGUGAGAAAUUGGACUUGGUGGCGCUACUACCGCAACUACUUCCCCGUACAUUUGGUGAAGACAGCCGAUUUACCAGCUGAUCGUAAUUACCUCUUUGCUGCCUUCCCCCAUGGAUUGUUGAGCUCUGCCGCUUUCACGAACUUCAACACGGACACGACAAAAUGGGCAGAGCUCUUUCCGGGUGUACGGAGUAAACUCGUCACGUUGGGCUUCCACUUCUACAUUCCAAUCUUCAGAGAACUCCUCCUGAGCUGGGGAAUGGUCUCGGUGUCAGCAAAGAGUCUCCACAAUUUACUAACAUGGCCCAAUGAGAAGAAUCAUCCACGCAAUAGUGAUGGGAAUACCUCAACGGCGUGCGUGAUUGUCGUUGGUGGGGCACAGGAAGCUCUCAACACACGCCCAAAUAACUACCAGUUAGUCCUGAAGAAGCGCAAGGGAUUCGUUAAAAUGGCCCUCAGGACUGGUACAUCCCUCGUCCCUGUGAUGUCCUUUGGGGAGUUGGAUCUCUUUGAUCAACCCCCUAAUCCACCGGGUUCCCUCCUCAGACGCUACCAGGAGUUCGUAAAGCGCGUCACGGGGAUUGCCCCGGCAAAAUUCAUCGGACGUGGAUUCUUCCAGUACAGCUAUGGCAUGAUUCCGCGUCGCAAGGAACUCUUUACGGUUGUUGGGGCUCCCAUUGAAGUACCCAAAAUUGAUGAGCCCAAGACUGAAGAUAUUGAAAAGUACCACGAAGAGUUCUGCAAAGCCCUCACGGAGCUUUUCAACACGCACAAGAUAAAGUACAUCAAGGAUCAUGAAAAUGUGCAGCUAAUCAUUGAAUAAAAGCUCGAGGGAGCUUUUUUAGACGGCAGCGCAAUGGGGAAGACUCAAACAUUUUUUUUUGCUCAACUUCUGUGAGAUAUAUAGGUACUACUAACUUCUAAGAAGAGAGAGAGAAAGAAAGUAUUUUUUCCCAUAAAGCUUUCUCUCGCAAAUUUCAUUACAAAUAUAUACCUACAAUUUAAGAAGUUUAUAUACAUUUAUAUAUAAAAAGAAAGGAAAUUGUAAUAAUAAGAUUGUUCACCUGGGUUCGGCAAUAAAAUUACUUUAUUGUUGGUUUUGUAAAAAAAA